CCUAUAUGUUAUUGGUCUGUGGCGAAAAUCGAAAACAAAAAUUAAAAUACCUGUUUUGCUUCUGCUGAUGAUGAUGAAAUAAAAGGAAAUAGUACAAAAACGCCAAAGUGGGUUUUGUUAUUUGUAAAAAACUAUGGUCAUAAUUACGGCAUUAUAAUUAUUGUUUGUGUAAUUAUUGUUUUCAUAUUUUGAGGUUAUGUAGAAUUUUCCUUAGAAACAAUGCUCGGAAAAUAUAUUUUAUUGGGAAGAUUAAACCUUCGUAAAAGACUUUUCUUUACAUAUGAGAGUCCCUAUAAAAUAAUCUCGAAUACGAGGCAUUUCAGUGGUUAUUUAAUAAAAGAUGAUAUCAAAUUCAAAUUACAAAAAGAGACAUUUAAUCCAUUUUUAAAACACAGCUGUGGAACACAGGCAAAGUUAUUGCAAACUCCGACAUAUUCCGUAUUCUUGCAACACAGGAAAUGGGUCUCUAAAGGAUUAAUAGAUGAUAUAUUUAAGGAGGAAAACAAUGAAAACGAUAAAGUUUCAGAUUUUACAAGAAUAAAUGAAAUUUUCAAACAACCCCGGGUGACUUUAAACGAGCUGGCAUCAAAGAGUGGUCAGAAAGUGUUUGACAUACAUUAUAAGCAAACUGUGGUUGCUCCAAAGAGUGGGAAGAAGAAACCCAUACAAAAUGACUGGACUUGCACUUACACUUUCAUUUGGCCUGAAAAAGCCAAGUUUGAAAGUACAGCAGUAUCAAAAAGGCAGGCAGCUGAAAAAGCAGCUUCCCAGGCCUUGCAAUGGCUCUACAAGAAUGGUCGGAUUGACAACAAAGGCACUCCAAUACAUGACAAAAAUGUCGUACAGGAUCUGCAGAGUACCCUGAAUAAACCUGUUCACAUCAGUCUCAGUGACACUUCUGUGCAAAGAAUUAAUAGAAUAUGGAGCGACUAUGAAACAGAAAUAAAAAGUCUGUAUGAGGCAACUUUUAAAGAAGCAAAUCAGAAGUUAUUGAAUACAAAUACGGCAUCAGUUUUAACCAAAGAUUCAACAAUUGAUGAACAAGAUUAUACUGAGGAUGUAGUAGAAGAUGAAUUCAGCAAAUUCGAGGAAAUGUCGGAUCUCAAAUCCAAAAUGCAUCCAGUAUUCGGCAAGCAUAUAACACCCGCAUCCCCUUCAGCGUGGGCGCGACGCGAGCGAGCGCUUCAACACACUUUUAGCCAGUACGACGAAAAUCUGACUCCUUUACCCAUAGACCAAUAUGCUGAAGAAAUAACUUCAACGCUGGAAAAGUCCCGAGUAGCCGUCAUAGUGGGUGCGGCAGGAUGUGGCAAAUCCACGCGCGUCCCAGCGGCCAUCCUUCGACACGGCGGCGUCCACACCGCGGCCAUAGUGUCGGAACCGCGACGAGUGGCUGCUAUUGGUCUAGCACAAAGGGUUGCCGAUGAACUAGGUGAACAUGUCGGAGAAUCUGUGGGUUACCAAGUGCGUCUUCACGCGAAACUACCCCGCCCGCCUGGGGGUGCCAUAUUGUAUUGCACAUCUGGCGUUUUGUUGCGCAGGCUACAACUUAAUCCAGGUUUAGAGGGUUGCACUCACGUCUUCAUCGACGAGGCGCAUGAAAGAGACGUCAAUACAGACGUCACUCUCCUUCUACUGAAGCGGGCCUUGGAUAUUAAUCCAACGCUUAAGAUCGUUGUUAUGAGCGCCACAUUGGAUACUGCUGUCUUCACAAGAUACUUCGACGAAUGUCCCGUCGUAGAAGUGCCCGGAAGAACAUUCCCAGUUACUAUCACGCAUUUAGAGGAAAUUCAAAAGAAAUUAAAGGUACGAGUUCCUUCGGCUUUAGAGAAUUCCGCGAAAGAAGAUGGGAGACCGCAAGUUAACUGUCAAGAGGUAGUUGAUGUAAUAAAAGCAGUUGACAAAACGCAAUCGGAGGGCGCCAUUUUAGUGUUUCUCCCAGGCUGGGCUGAAAUAAAACAAGCAAAACUAUUACUAGACGAAUGUUAUAAAAAUUCAGCUCUGCAUAUGAUUCUGCCUGUACAUUCCAGAUUAUCAACCACAGAACAAACUAAAAUGUUCUCAAAGCCACCACCCGGCGUACGCAAGAUUGUACUGGCUACAAAUAUUGCCGAAACUUCUAUAACUAUACCAGAUGUAGUCUAUGUCAUAGACAGCGGAGCUCAAAAGGAAAAUAGGAUUCGAGAAGGCACAGGCAAUGCCAGUUUGGAAACAGUUUGGGUGUCGCAAGCAGGCGCUAAACAGAGAGCCGGCCGCGCGGGAAGAGUGCAGCCAGGUCACUGUUACAAAAUGUAUACCAAAGAAAAAGAAAACGAAUUCGCCCCGCACACAACCCCGGAAAUAUUGAGGAUUCCAUUAGAACAGACUGUACUGGAUUGUAAGACGUACGCUCCAGAGGAUAAGGUUGAAGAUUUCUUGUCAGAAUUACCAGAACCGCCAAGCAAACAAGCGAUACGGUUCGCCGUCAACGAUCUCAUCGAUUUGGGUGCUCUAACAUCUAGUGAGCGUUUAACUCGCCUUGGUGUCUUACUGUCAAGUAUGACGCUACAUCCGCGGCUGGCACGCUGCGUGCUGAACGCGGCGGUCGUCGGCGGCGUGGUGGCCGCUGCCAACGUGGCCACGCACUGCGGCGAUAAUGUCGAGUUGUUUCGACACGCCGCUGACAGGAGGGAAGAGAUCCGCGAAAUAAAGCGCCAGUUCAGCGCUACGUCGGACCACGCGGCGUUGCACUGGAUACAGGACGAGUUCGAGCAGAGAGUGGAGGAGAGCGGCUGGGACGGGGUUGACCGGUGGUGCGAGCAAUACGGACUGAGGAAAGACAGGCUGAACUAUGUCAAGUCUAUUUCAAACUUACACUUGGAACAUCUCCUUAAAACUGGCCUGAUUGAGAAAACCACUGAGGCUGCGGAGCUCAACCGCUUCUCUGCGAUAGACGAGCUGACGGCCGCCGUGCUGCUGUCGGGUUCCAACGCGCUGCUGCUCACCAGGAAAUACGUCAAGACCAAGGGGAAACUGAAGACUGUCGUCGAUCUAUUUACUAGUAAAGGCGACAGGGCUCACAUCGGCAGUGAAAGCGUGAACUACGGUAUAACGAAGCGCAAACACAAUACACAACUUUUAACCUACUUUGGCGGGUACCACUCCUUGGAGAGGCGCGCUUUAGUUGUUCAUAAGACGUCUCUGAUACCUCCGCAUACUGCUUUGCUGUUUUCUAUGGGACAGAUUUCAAAGAAUAUUGUGGAUGGGAGCAACGGGGAAGUGACUGAAGUGCACCUCCCGAGGCACAGGCUUAAAAUUCAUGUACCCACUAGUCAAGCUGAACAAUUCCUGCAAGCAAGGGAAAUGUUAUGGAACACAUUACAAUAUUACAUCGAAAGAGAUCUCAACAAGACAGACUUCGAUGACGUCACCAAAGUGUCAAGGUUUAAAACCAGACUUGUGAAAGCUUUAGGAAGAAUAUUAGCCGAAGCGGCCGAAAAUAAUCCUAUACGAAAUACUAUUAGUGACACAGAUUAUAGAUAAAUGAAUAACUCAUUUAAAUAAUUU